GUAUUAUACCCCUCUGGUUCUAUCUAGUUUCUGUCUAGUGAUAUCUAUGCUCUGCGAUGGCCACGAUUGAAGCUUUCGAGGCAGCAUUAAAGGAUGUUCUGAAGGCGAAGCGACUCUCGCAGUCGAAGAUGGCUGCUUUGACCAAGGUCGCACUGGAUUGCAUGGAUAAUGACGUCCAGGUGGUAUCUAGUUUAUACCGUACGCACCGAGGGCUCUCCCCCGAUGCUAAGGGGGCCAGUCUAUAUGCGUUUGACGCGCUUGCGCGAGCUGCUCGCAAUCGCGUCGUCAAGAACCAUCUCAGCGCAGAUCUGAGCGCGGACAAAGGGAACUGCGCAACGUUCUUGCUCCGGAUAGAAGGAGUUCUUGAUGGCCUCUUUCGGGAUCUUGCGUCGACUGACAGUGGCAACCUCAAGGAAAAGGCCAAGAAGAUCCUGGAUAUAUGGACAAAGCAGAAUACGUUCUCAUCCGCUGUGCUGUCGCCGCUGUACUCAGUACUGGAGCAGGCAGGGAAAGAUAAAGAACCCAACAAUGCAGAGACGACGGAUGUGGUAUCCACCGAGCCCGUACCGCCCGCUCUUCCUCCAGCCGACCCUACCGCGCAAACUCCUAUACAGCCAGUCGACGUGAAUGCCGUACAAUCCACCCUCUUCGCCCUGCUCAGCAAAGCGGCCAGCGCCGUCAAUGCAGCCGCGCCAAUGACAACCCAAACAGCGCCAAAUUUCGCCCCGCCACCAGCCGCACCGGUCCCAAUCUUGGAUGCCAAUCAGCUCGCCCUCCUCCACCAGCUGGCGCAAACGGCGAAGGGGAAUGCAGUUCCUUCGCAGCCCAUACCUGUACCCGCGUCCGUAGUGCCAUCAUUGACUACUCCGAAUGGCGUGCUUGUAGUACCCCCUGUGCAAGGGCCCCCGCAGCCUCAGCCAUUCCCGUAUCGAGAUGAUCAUUACGGCGCCCCUGCCAGUGCUCCCCAUAGAGAGUCAGAGCAUGUCCGGUUCGACGGCCCAGAGCGCGGGUAUCCCCGCGAUGACUAUAACGACCCCCGUCGCGGCUCCAGAGGUGGCCCUCGCGAGCGCCGGCGAGGCGGGCGCGGACGGGGCAGGUGGGACGACCGCGACCGCGACCACUUCCGAGACCGAAGUAGAGAGUUCUCGCGCGACCCCAGGCCGCGGCGGAGCCGCUCAGGCAGCCCGCCCGGCCGCUACGGCGGUCCUGGGCCUCGCGACGCGCGCCCGUACAGUCCCCCUCCCCCUCCCGGUCGACGGGGCGGGUAUGGGCAGCGACAAUCCCAAGGAUAUGGACCGGGUGCUGCAGCUCAGGUCAGCGGCCGCGGGGAGCCAGAGGCGGGCAAAGACGAAUUUGGACGCGAUCUCAGGCCGGAGUCGCCCCGCGCCGAUUCGGACACAGCGUCUGUGCAGGCGCACCAGCAGCGCAGCGCAUCGCCCCUGCCGCCCGGGACAGGGUCGGUCACCACGUCUGACCGCGGGUCCGUAGCGUCCGAGAACGCCCACCCUGCUGCUCCCCGUGCGGCUGCUCCGUACUCGCAGCCAUACCCAGGCGCACCCCCUCACGCCCACUCGUAUCCUGCCGGCUCGCCGGUAUCACCACCUAUCUCGCCGUCGACAUCUACCGCGCCGCCGCUCUCCCCGGUCCAGCACCACCGUGUCCCGGGGGCAGGCGGCGCCCUCGAGGGCUUCGAUCGCGCGAGCUUCGAUCCCUCUGACCCGGCCUCGUGGGAAACGCUCGGGAAGGCAUGGACCGCUACGCACGCCACGAUGCCUACGCAGCAGGAGCUCAUGCAGUACAUCUUGGGCGGCGCUGGCCCGCCCGUUCCCCAGCAAGCACCUGGGACAUACGGUGCACUUCCGCCACAGCAGCAGCCACAACAACACCAACGGUUCCAAUCACCGCCGUCUUCUCAGCCUCCGCCGCCUCAGCAAUACUCGCAGCCGUACGAUGACGGCGGAGGGCGACAGUGGCAAGGGCCUGACCGCCAGCAAUGGAACAACAGGUCUCAAGAUCCCCGAGGCGGAGGCUGGCGAGGCGGGCCUGCGGGAAGAGGCGGAGGACGGGACGAGUUUGGCGGCGCAGGACGCGCACGUGCGCGGGGUCGUGGGGACUUCGGCCGCGGAGGAUACGGCCGCGGGGAGCCCGGACGGAGGGGCUUUGGCCGCGAAGACCACGGACGCGGGGAUUACGGCGGAUACGGCAACGGCCGGGGUGCGUAUAGCGCGGGUGGGGCAGGACACCACGAGCAGGACACGGACGCGGUUAUGCUUGGUGGAGGGGAUGACCACUCGGGGCAGCAUGAGCAGGGCCCGUCUUACGGCCUACUACCACCGCAGGCGUACCAGGAGCAGUUGUAUAGGGAUCCGCAGCCGCCAGUCCCAGUGCAGCCGCCGUUCCAGGCUCAAGCGCAAGGCCCGCCGCCACCGCAUGCGUACGGUGCACCGCCGCCGCCGAGCCAUGAAGCCGAAGGAGGAAGUGGUGGCGGGGGCUUGGGUGGUCGGAUGCAGAAGGUCGGGGACAAGUGGGUCUUCGUGCGCAGCGCGGCAUGA